CUCACUCUUCAGUCUGAUUUUGAGGGAACAGCACUUCCGAAAAUAUUCCGAAACUAUUAUCAGUUCGACCAAACCUAUAAACGGGAAAUCUAAUCAGUGCGGGAAAACAUAGCGCUUUAAAGCUAACGAAAAAGUGACUUAGUUGCCGAUUGGAAGUGCCGCGAUGAAGGUGUUCCUUCUCUUCCCGUUGCUGCUGCUGCUGCUUUCGGGGAUUUUGGAGACUCCGGAGGCAGCCAAUAUCUUGGGCCUGGUUAGCACCGCCGAGCACAACAAUCCAGGAUGGUCGCAGCCACUUUUCGACGCAUUGCUGGCUAAAGGACAUCAACUGGUUUUGGUUAGCACGGCACCAGCUCCGGCUAAGACGGUUGAAGGCUUAGUUUACAUUCACUUGCCAAACGACUACGACCUGAUGCAGAAGCACUUCAUUCGAUCCGAUACGGGCCACUACCAGGAGAUGAGAACCCUGAUGCAGCUACUGGUGUGGUACGAGGUCCAGUUGGGCAGCUGCCGAGCUGUCAUGGAGUCGGACACUAUGCAGAGUCGAAAGUCGGAACUCCUCAUGAGUCUCUCUUUAUUUGAUCUAAUUAUCACGGACAUCACUCAUGGAAUGGACUGCCUUUUGGAUCUUGUUGGAGACGCGAGUUACAAACCGAUUUUGGGAUUAAGUGCUGGGAAGCUAACUCCGGAUCUACUUGACUUGUUAAACUCGGAGAACACUAUCAAUCCGGCCAAGAUACCCCACUUCAUCAGCCCAAUGCCAAGAAAGAUGGGUUUCUUCAAUCGCUUUCACAAUCAUAAUAUGUUUUACAGCUCGCCUUUGGUUCGUUGGCAUAUUAUCCGGCCGGCCUUGAGUACCAUAGUCCGGCCGGAUAACGUAUACCCCAACUUGCAGCUGGCUUUGUUGAACACCCAUCCCUCUAUAGAUUAUGUUCAGAAUCUUCCGCCUGGAGUAGUCGAGGUAGCCGGUCUCCAUAUCAAGCCCGAGGUGCAACCUCUUCCAAAUAGUAUUCAAAAAUUCGCAGACCAAUUUAUUGACGGGAUUGUUUACAUCGAUCUUCCUUACAUCGAACUGAUGUACGGGGUGGGCGUUGAUGCCAUGUACAAAAUGAUGGAAGACAAUCCGAACUGCGGCUUCAUUUGGAAUGUGAAGAAGAUGAAGGAGUUGCCGAAGACUAUGUGGAAUCUAUUAACCCUGCAUGUGGAUCGGUCAUUGAAGCAGGAUAUUUUGGGACAAUCUGGAGUAAAGGGUUACAUCAAUCAUGCAGAUAGCUUUGAUAUUCAAGAAGCUGUACACUUUGGUGUUCCAAUGGUUGUUUUGCCUUUAAUAUUAGAAGAAUUUAACAAUGCCCAGCGUGUAAUGGAGCGUAGCUUGGGAGUAGUAGUCUCCGCCAAUGGUUUCAAUCUGGACUCUUUGACCGUCGCUCUAAAACGAAUCCUUGACGAAGACAUCUUCACCACCAGUCUCUACACGGCACAGCAGAAGUUCCGGACCCGUUUGGUAUCCGCCAUAGACUUGGCCGUAUGGCAUGCCGAGCAGCUCAUUGCCGAACCAACACUUUAUCUAAACCUGGCUCAAAGGGAAACGAAUGCCCAGAAUUUCUUUGUGGCCCAGUCCUUGGAUGUGCUGGCAAUUCCCCUAUUUCUUAUAAUCGUGGUGCUUGUAAACUUUCUACAAAUUGGAUAUUAUUUGUAUCAGGGAUUCUGUAAAAGUGGAAAGCCCGUUAAGGAAUUGAAUUUGGAUGUGAAGCCUCUUAAGAAACGCAAAAAGGUCCAAGGAAACGGUAGUAAAAUUGGAGAACCAGCAAAUAUAACGCUUUUGGAGGACUCUUCUGACUUCCAAGAUGUACAAGAUGCUGAGGCCGAGUUGUCAAUCGAUGAAGAAUCAAAGACCUUGAUUGACAAGAAAGAUGAUUGAUUAAUGGCCUCAUAAAAUUUGUACAUUUUCUCAAGACUGUCGUGAUCUCUACCGUAAAAUAAAUAAGAAAAGACUCUGGAA